AGUCAACUAUGGCGGAUGUCAUUUCAAAUACUUUGGUUGUGACAGUGUAAAAUUAAAAGGGUAUUCUGCUUUAUCAACAACGCAAAGAAUUUGAAACAUGGAAUAUUCAAAAAGCUUGAUAUUUUCUUUAGUGGUUUGUGUUUUUAUCAUAAAUGGUAUAGAAAGUAUAAGUGUUCAGAUACAGGCAGCGCCUUCAGAUGGAAUUUUAGGACCAACUAGUUUACAGUUGAAAUGUUCUUUUACUACCUUGACAGGAGAAAUUGUUACAGGUGUAAAUAUUCAGGCUAAAAUAAACGGACAGUUUAAAAAUAUAGCAAUAUUUUACACUCCAUCACUUCCAUUAAAUGCUAGCCUAACAACUGAUGGCAAUUAUUUAACAAACAGAGUGACACUUACCAACCCAACAACUUCAUCUGCAGAUUCUGCUGUAAUACAGUUUUCACAGAUAGCCUGUGAAGAUGAGAAUGAGUACAUGUGUAACGUAGCAUAUGCAGGUUCUGGUGGAAGUACUUCUGAAAAUUCUGGUGUUGCUGCUAAUAUAAUUGUUAAAGGUAACCCAGAAGAACCAGACAAUGUACCAGUAUAUGUACCAUCAGCUGGGAUAGAAGAAGGCAAUACUGUUGUCUUUACAUGUACUGGCAAUGUCGGCAAACCACAAGGCAAAUUCAGAUGGGUGAGAUACAGACGUAACUCCAAUGGUGCUACUAUACAGGAAACACCAUAUGAAACAGAAACCACUACAGCUACUCAAAUGCCAGGAACCUGUACAUUUAAUGGCACCAGUCAGCUGACACUGAAGAUGGAACAAGAAGAUAAUAAUGCAGUAGUUAGAUGUCAGGUUGUUUAUCAAGAAGUACCACAAGGAAGUUUAUACAAACAGACGGAUGACAUAAAUGUUUAUUAUAGUGUUAGGAAUGUACAAGUAACAAAGUCUCCCACCAAUCCUUCCUUUGCUGAAGGAGCAGGACCCAUAACUCUUACAUGUACAUCAGAGGGAAAUCCUGCUGUAAUAAACACAGGUUAUACUUGGUACAAAGAAUCCAAUACCAGUGUGUCACUAGGGACUGGUUCUACAUAUGUCAUCAGUAAUGUUGUGGUUAAUGAAACAGAUAACUACAUAUGUGUUGCACAGAACAGUUUCAAUGGACAAACAUUCAACAUGAACAACUCUAUACACAUACAAAUAGACUUUACCACUACAACCUCAACUACAACUCCUUCUACUACUGCAGAGUCGAGUCCAACUGCAGCACCACAGCUACCCCAAAAAGAUAGUGGGAUAGGUACUGGUGAAAUUGCAGGAAUAGCUGUUGGUUUAGCAGUUCUCGUCAUAAUAAUUAUAAUCAUAGUUAUCUUUAUUCUGAGGAAAAAGAGUAGAGGGAAGGAUGACAGUAUUGAUGAACCACCAGAGAAACCAAGAAACAACCUGAGUUUUGUAGAUAGAAAAGAUGCAUUAGGGGAUAAGAAUGGUCCAUUUAAUAAUCAUAAUAUACAUUAUGCAGAUUUGAAUUUUGAUGAUCGUCCAAGAAGUCGGAAACCAUUACAGUUGAGUCAAGAUUCUGAUUUAGAUCAUGCACCAUACGCUGAAGUGAUGAUGCCAAGAGUGUAACAAUCAUCAAAUUUUGGUGCAUUCAUUACAGAAAUCAUGCCAUUAGACUUAUUUGUGUAUUUGUAUGGCCUGUAGCUGUAAGCUUACUAUGUGUGCCAAAUUGUAUGUGACUGUUAGUUUGUCAUGUGACAUGAUAACAGGUCAGGUGAUUAAAAUGAUUUUUUUUUUAUAUUGAUCAUGUGAUUGACAAUUUUUAAUAAUUGUUGAUAUCAUAUUGGUGUUCUGAUAAGGAAAACAAUUUUAUUACUGAAAAAUAGUUUUAAGCCUUGGCUUUAUGCAAUAUCAAAUAAUUUUGUUUCUGAACUUGUACAAGUAUAAAUGCUGUCAUGAUAAUUAAACGAAACCUAAUUUGUAAUUAUUACUACAACUAUGAUUGCGGAAAAUUUUACUAUACAGUUUAACUUCUGUUUGUCAAGAAUCUCAAAGUGAUUAGAAUGGAAAUAAUGAUGAAAAUCUAUAUAGUACCAUUUAUUGGGGAUUUACCUUAAGAGAAAAAUGGUAAAAAAUGAUGGCGCAUGUUAUUUGAAUGGAACAUUAGACCAACACAUACAAACUUAAAUCAUUUUAUAAGAAAUGAAGGUCUUAUAUAUACAUGUAUUUGGGAAAAAAAACUUAAUUUUGAAUGUAAUGGCCUUUAUCUGUCUAUUGAAUAUGAUAUAAUAUCAGUAGUUGAAUAAAAUGGUUGAGGUGAAUUAUAUUAAUAAUACAUAGACGAGGAAUUGCAUGUAUUUCAAUAAUGUUUUAAUAUAUUUCAAACAAAAGUGCUAAUUGUACAUAAAACUAUUUUUUUAUAUAAUUUUUAGCUACGUAAUACAUUCCAUUAGGAGGGAUCAGUUUAAGUAUGAAAGAUGAUAUUUCAUUUCACUAUUGGUUUAUUAUAUUAAAUAAGCAUUACAUUUGACUAAAUCCAUUUUGUUGGAUUUGAAGUUGUAUUAAACAUAUCUGAGCACUGUUCAUGAAUACAUAUAUUUUUGUACUUUAUGCAAAAUCAAAUUUUUUAAUAAUAAACUUUAUCAAAAUCCAUUCCCUCCAUGAGUAAGUGGCCUUGUAAAAAGUUUCGUCCAUUUUUUGUUAUUAAAAGUUACUGUUUAAAUGCAAACUAUUGAACCUACAUUGCAUUUUCGAGUUUUUGAUAUGGCUGUAUGUUUUUGCAGUCUUGUUACUUUUAUUUAAAUUAGAAAUUAGAACAUAUCAUUCCAAAUUUCUGUGUUGUGAAGUACAAUUUAUGAUUCAAAUUAUUUUAUUAAAAAGUGUUGUGAAGUUCAUAUUAGUUAGACAAUUUCCACAUCAUAUAUAAUUUAUCUGCAUUGAAAUAUAUGAAUAUUCAAAGAAUAUUUCCCAAAACCAUGUGUUGUGAAGUAAUGAUACAUUGUUUGACAUUUUCAACAUAAUUAUUUAAAUUGAAAAUGAAUAUUUGAGAAUUUUUUGUCAGGACCUGUUUUAUUUUGUCAUGCAAGUAGGGGAAAAAACUGUCCUUGACCAUCUUCCAAUUGACCAUUGAUAUGACUGAUAAUGUCUAUAAUUAUGUUGCUUCAAGGUCAAUGUUUUAGAAUUAUUGCAUGGUAUAAUUUUGAGUUAGAUGUGUAUGUGAUUGAUUAAAUUUAGUAAAUUUUUGCGAGUGUCUGCACUGUAUUAUACAAAAGUGAUUGUGCUAGACACACUACCCUUUAGUAUGACAUUAUAAGCUUAUUAUAUAUACAGCAUUUAUUAAAUGUAUAACCCACCAAUAUGGCAUGUUACCUUCAUUCAUUCAUAGUCAUUCGUUCAUUCAUAAUUUAACACUUUCAUUCAUAACUGUUUGUUCAUUGAGUGUUAUUCACAUCUUUAUGCAUAUUUCUGUGUGUGGCUGUUACUUAUGGGACCAUUAAAGUUAAUAACAGCUUGCAGAUAUAUAUGAUGAUGAUACUGUUUAGGAAUUAUGAAUAUAAGUAAUAAUUAGUAUUUUAAAUCUGAUUCAUUUUCCCCUUAAAUAAGUCAGUCAAAAAACAUUGAACUCGGGUCUUUUACUGAUAAUUGAUUUCCUUGGAUUUUAGGUAUCUUCCUUUGUGGUGUUAAUAGAUCUUACAAAUUGUUUACAAUAACUGUUGUAUUGCUAACAUUAUCUAUUUUGGUUUAAAGUGAAGUUAUUGUUCCUUUGAAGUUUAAAGUAAAAUCAUUUAAUGAGCCAGUAAUGCUAUUUCAGCUAUUUUAUUUCAUACAUUCGUAUGCAUGAAUCCAAUGAAAAAUAGCGGAUACAAAUUUCUUUCAUGUAUACAGCAGCCAUAUAUUUGAAUAUAUUAACUGCAAUACUAUAUGCACUUGCCAUUGUAGAUAUAUCAUCGUAACAUAAUAUCAUAGAUAUCUCAUUCACCUUUGUAGUAUACUAUUGUAGAUAUCUCCUUGUACUAUAUAUUAUAUCAUCUAUGAUAUUACCAUUUACUAGUCAUGUAUAAUAUGUCAUUGUAUUAUAGACUAUAUCAGUUUUUCUCCUUAUUUUGAUGAAGAAAUCAUAUAAUGUCUACCGUUUAUUUAUUUUUUACAUGGAAAACAUUUUAGUAAGGGGUGAUCCAUCAUGUUACGUGUAUUUAAAUAUAGUUUUUACAAGGGAUUUGGACCAUAGGAGAAAUUUUAGUUUUUCCUUACCCUAAUUUUUUAAUUUUUUAGACUUUUCCAUAGAAAAGAUUUCAGGCUGCCUUUUGCAAUUAUUUUCAGUGUUUGAAUUUAAAUAGUCUUAAGGAAUUGAUCUUUUAAGUUGUAGCAGCCUUCUUUGACCUCAAAUGAUCUGUAUUGACUUUACUGAAAUUAACAAACUAUAGAAAUGCAUUUUUUUGCGUGAAUUUUAAUUUCAUUGUAAGACCUAACAUUUUCUUCAUGGCUGUUAUUAACAAAUACAUGAAAAAAUAAUGAUUAAUUCAUAUUUGAUGUAUGAGGGGAGAUUAUUCAUAUAAUUAAAUUUUAUGAUAAAUUGAACUGUAGAUUUACCUAUGUUGUGAUAUAGCAAGAACAAGAGUAUGCACAUUUUAAAAAAAAUCAUUGAAAACAUUUAAUAAUACCUUUCUUCUCAUCUUUGAUUUAAAAAUUGAUCAUUCAGCUUUGUUUUACAUAUUAUUAUGCAUAUCUUUUUUUUUUUUAACAAGCCUAGUUACAUGCUCUUUUAUUAUAUUUUGAUAAUAGCACAAUAGGUCUUAAACUUAGUAAAGUAAAAACAAAAUUCUGUCAUUUUCUCUGUAGUGGUAAUCUUCCUUGAUACCUUCAAUCAUGAAUUAAAAGUUAAAUUCAGUUCCAUUAAAAUGCAAUGACUUUAUGGGCUAAAGAUAUUAUAAAAGAUUGAAAGGAACAGUAUAUUUGUAGCUAAGAAGAGACAAUGUUUACCACUUUAUUAGCCUAUCAGAUGUAAACUUUUGAUGAAAAUUUACAUGGAAUACUAGAUAAACAUAUCCCCAGAUAACCCAGCAGUUAUAGUGUGUUGAUGUAAAGCAAUAUUGAUUGUUCAAGUUACCAAGUUUUAUUGUAUUUUUUUAUUUACACAUAUACACAAAUCAUGAAAUUUGAAAAUGUAAAUGGUGGGUGAAUAUUCAGAUCAAGUUAACAGGAAUAAUUAAGUAAACAAUCCAUAUGUAUUUCCAAUACAGUACUAUUUUCAAUAGCAAUAAGCAAGAAAAAUAUGGGCAUCUUUAAUCAUUAUUCAGGUUGUCUAUUAGUCAUUAUCUUGUAAAUAUCAAUUUUUACAAAGAGAUGAUGAUUUUGACCAGUGUAUGUAAAGGGAACAAGGAUAAGGUGAAUUCAAUCAAGUUACAUAUAUUUUAUCAUUUAGCAUAACAUUUAGAUUGUUUUUAAGAAUUCCAGAUUCUAAGUUACCUUGUUAAUAAAAUUUUGAAUUUC